CGGAUGAAGAGUAACGCCAUUCGCGCCGGAGCGGCUGAGAGUUCUCGCGUUCGGGCCCUGGACGCCGGAGCGGCCGCGCUAUGAGGUGCCUCCGCCGCCUGCUGCUGCUUCUCCUGCUGGUAUUCCCCGCCACCCUCCUGCUCCGAGGCAGCCCAGGAGGCUCAUUGGCAGUGGCUCAGGAUCUUACAGAAGAUGAAGAAACGGUGGAAGAUUCUAUAAUUGAAGAUGAAGACGACGAAGCAGAGGUGGAAGAAGAUGAACCGACAGAUCUGGCUGAAGAUAAAGAGGAAGAUGAUGUAUCAGGUGAACCUGAAGCUUCACCAAGUGCAGAUACAACCAUCCUGUUUGUGAAAGGAGAAGAUUUUCCAGCAAAUAACAUUGUGAAGUUCCUGGUAGGCUUUACAAACAAGGGUACAGAAGACUUUAUUGUCGAGUCUCUCGACGCCUCAUUCCGUUACCCUCAGGACUACCAGUUUUACAUCCAGAAUUUCACCGCUCUCCCUCUGAACACGGUCGUGCCGCCCCAGAGACAGGCAACCUUUGAGUACUCCUUCAUCCCCGCAGAGCCCAUGGGGGGCCGGCCCUUUGGUCUGGUCAUCAACCUGAACUACAAGGAUUUGAACGGCAAUGUUUUCCAAGAUGCUGUCUUCAAUCAAACAGUUACAAUCAUUGAGAGAGAAGAUGGGUUAGAUGGAGAAACCAUAUUUAUGUACAUGUUCCUGGCGGGUCUCGGGCUGCUGGUUGUCGUUGGCCUUCACCAGCUCCUGGAGUCUAGAAAGCGCAAGAGGCCCAUUCAGAAGGUAGAGAUGGGAACCUCAAGUCAAAAUGACGUUGACAUGAGCUGGAUUCCUCAGGAAACUCUGAACCAGAUUAUGCAGAGUAGAAGAGAUAAAGCUUCACCAAGAAGGUUGCCCAGGAAACGGGCACAGAAGAGAUCGGUGGGAUCUGAUGAAAUUCACCUUUUGAACACCUUGGUUCCAGAGUCUGUAAAAUGAACUGAGAGUCUUGUGUAUCGAGCCUGUCACUGGGACUUGUGAGAGUAACGUGUUGAUAAAGCAUGGAUCUCGCCUCACGUGUGCAGCUUAUUUCACGGUCUGACUAAAGGGACUUGAGAGACUUCCUCUCCCAUGAACUCCGAGGUAGACGCCUGUGGAAAGGAGAAGUCAGAAGGGAAGGACCAUUGACUUUAGUUUUUAAUUUUAAGUAAACGUAAGAAAAUAGUCACUUUGAUAGGAGAAAAAGGCACAUUUAGAUCUUAAAAAAUUAAAAAGCCCCUGCCCUAAAGGCGUGCUUGCGUUCACAAGCCUGGAGCUGCGUUUUGGCUCUGUGGGAAGCUGGAGUGGGGUGACCCCGGAGCCCUUCCUUAAGGACUGGUGGUGUUCCAGAGGAGCAGGCGUGGAUAAGCGUGACGCGUGCGGAUCAGUGAUCCCCCUUCCCUCGGCAUGAGGGAAGGCUUAUUUAGCUAGUGCGUUUAAGUGAUGUGAUUUUCCUUAACCAAUGAACUUGGCAGUACACGUCAUUUCUACAGGAUUUUGCUAAAUUACACCCUUCCAUUUAAAGACAUUUCCAGAUGUGAAGUAGUUUAUCAGAGUUUUGGACAGCAUCGUUUAUAACUGUAAAACCAGUAAAUUCAUUCUAAUUUUGUUAAGUAAAAUCCUACUUUUCUUUGGACUAGCAUCCCUAGCUUACUGAAGAGCAGCCUGACGCAUAAAUAAGGCCCUGCUUGUCUAGGGAGUGUUCUAGGUCCUGUUGUCAAGCUGAUCUGUAUCGGUAAGAUUGUCAUCCUUACAAGAGAGCAGGUGGAAGUAACAAAACUUGGGGCCUGACUUGCCAGCAUCUGAAUAAUGUCUUCGGGCUUCCUAUGAUUUUAUCCUUUUACACAAAAGGCUGGACUUUAACAGUAGUUAAUUACAUAAUCUGAAGUUUCAGACUUUGGAAUCAUGUAGGAAUAUGACUUCCCUGGUGGCUCAGCUGGUAAAAGAAUCUGCCUGCAAUGUGGGAGACCUGGGUUCCAUCCCGGGGUUGGGAAGAUCUCCUGGAGGAGGGAAAGGCUACCCACUCCGGUAUUCUGGCCGGGAGAAUUCAAUGGACUGUGUAGUCCAUGGGGUCACAAAGAGUCGGACUCGACUGAGCGACUUUCACUUCCAUGCAGGAAUAUGACUAGGGUUUGGGUUCCUUUAAGGCAGCAGGGAAAGAACUUACUAAACGUCAGCCACGUGCUGUGUUCUGUUGGGCCUUUCCGUUUAUCUCCUAAACCGUCACAAUAGCCUUCUGAAAGGUGACCUGUUCCUUUUAUGCACCAGGGAAAAAACCAAACCUCCCGAGCUGAAGCAGGCUCGCGCGAGGUGACAGCCUGCCUCUGCUCGGCCCGGCUGACUGCGACCCUCACGUCCUUUCCCUGCGCCAGGGUCAGGGCAGAAGCCAUCUAACCAAGCUCUGGGGCAGCUUUACAGGUGCUGGGUUUUCUGGAGUCCGGCUGCCAGCCAGUUCCGAUAACCUCACAGUUACUUAUUUCAAAAUCAUGGUGGUUAACAACGCUUUCUUCAGGCUAGACGUUCGUUUUCAGGGAUUGACAGGCUCAUCUUCAUGUUAGAGACGAGAGUGAAGAUGUCCGUGCUCACUGCCCAGGGCGGGGCACAGGGAGCCGGGCGUGUGUCCUAUCUCCCCGUGCAGUUGGGGUUCCCAGGAAAACCGAGCAUCCCCUAGAAUCAGAUAAAGGACGAGCCUUCGGGUUCAUAGAUCCCAGCAAAAGACGGCUUGACGGGCCCUGUCCUCUGUCCCUCAGGCAGGCGUCUGCGAUGGUCACCUUGUGGGGGGUCUGCCCCUCUACUGGCCUGCUGCCACCAGCUUCUAGUUCAUAGUCGUGUGGAAACCUAUCGGGGUCUAAGAGAAGACAAGGAAACGGGCCGGCGUUUCCUGGCCGUCUUCUAGAGAGAGGACUGCGGAUAAGCCAGUUGGAGUUCGGCGAGGUGGCUGGGAGGGGUGGGGUCGCUGUGGUGGGCCAGCUCCCUGAUCGGGAGCCUGCAGUCCCAUGAGACGGCAGCUCGUCUCUCGAGGCCCAGCGGGUGUCCUAG